GAUCUCCCUUGACCUGCUGGGGAGGGGAGAGCAGCCCCCAAGGGGGUCCAUGCCCCACACACCCCGCACUCAGCCCCGGACAGCACGUGCUGGACGUGGGGGUCCUUUCAAGCUGCCCCUCCCGGUGACAGGGGACAGGACAGGACAUGUCCACUUGUUGGAGGAUGAAACCCCAACCCCACCGCAGCCCCGCUCCAGCCACCCAGCCCCGCGCGGGGAUGCUGGGUGCAGCCAGCUAAACCACACAGAUUUGGGCUUUUUGAUUAAACCAAAGAAAUUAGUUAAACAGCAUCUUUAAGUCUCUGGGCUCAAAUUAGGCCUAUCCCUCACUUGGGGCCUGGCAAAGCACAGCGAAAGGCUUGGGGGGUGCCCAGGAGCUCCAGCCCUCAGACCCCCCCACGCGCAGCCCGGCCCCUCUCCCCUUGGGGCUCUGCGCAGCCGGGGAUUAUUCUUUUAAUCAGAGUCUGUAUGGGAAUUGCUUGCAUAUAGAUUACGGGAGCAGGGCACGUCCUCCAGCAGCAGGAAGCCCCUGGCCCCGCCAGCUCCCAAGCAAUCUCAACGUCUCGGUGGAGCUGGGAUUAACGGGGGCAUGGGGCCGCACGCGCGCGCGUGUGUGUGUUUGUGUGUGUGCGCCCGCCCGCCGCCUCGUCUUCCUUCCAGUCCUUUGACCCUCGAUUGGGUUUUUUCAGCUAAUCCUCUUGUGUCUCCUCUGCACCGACUUCUUGCGUCUCCAACCCCCCUGUGCCAGUGUGGGUGGCUUUAGGUGCCCACGGUGCAAGCUCCCCCCAACAGGAUUUGGCCCUGCGGGUGCUGCCCUCCAUCGGGGCCCGUGCAAUGGGGGGGUCUUUCAGCCCAAUCCAGGGUGCACUGGCGCUCAACGGCCCCUUCCACUUCUCCAUCACCCUGAUGAGGCAGCACCCCAUUGUCCCCCUGCGCCACCGUCCCCCUGCACUGCUGUCCCCCCCCAAGCACCCUUGGGUGCAGCGAGCAGCACGGGAAGGUCUUUCCACCCUGGUGGCUUCCCCUCCUAAUGCCUUAAUCCGCCCCUGAUCCGCGGUGCCCCUGGGGCAGCCGGUCCCGCUGACCUUGCAGGCGCUGGCCCCAGGGAAGGGACUCGGCGGCACCGGGCACUGUGGAGCACGGGCUGCCACAGCCACCCACCCAUGGCCUCCUUCUUCACGGCCGCCCUGAAGAGCUUUCAGAGGGGUGAGGAGGAGCCGCCCAAGGGACCCCCCAAUGAUGGCAAGGUGGCCACACUGCCCAACGGCAUGGCCCGCGAGGAGUUUGAGGAGUACCAGCAGCAGCUGCUGGAGGAGAAGAUCGAGCGGGACAAGGCCUUUGUGCGGAGGAAGGCAGAACGGGCCACUGUACGGAUGCACCUGCGGGACAAGUACCACCUGGCCCAGGACGAGCGGGAUGAUGCUCAACUGCACAUUGCUGGCGGCACGGUGGAGCUGCCGCAGGAGCUGGCUGCCAUGGUGCACAGCGAGGAGGAAGAGGAGGAGGAGGAGGAUGGCGGUGCCAGGGCCUUUGCCUUCCUGACAAAGCUGCGGGAGGUUGACCUGCCAGCGCUGCGGGACCGCGCGUUGGGCAGCGUGGACGAGGUGAAGGAGAAGUGCACCCUGAUGUAGCAUCGCUGCCCACCCUGUUGGUGGGUGACACUGGCAGCGUUGGUGCUCAGCCCCUGCUGCCCCCCCCGGGAGUGAUGGGAUGUGGGUGGGGGUCCCAAUAUACGCACUGGAGGGGGGGAUUCCUCCCCAAAAUCAUUCCCUGUUGCUUUUCUGGGGUGCUCUGCGUGGGUGCUGGGAUGCAGGACACCUGGGUCCCCUCUAGCUGUGCUGGCCAAGCCCGUCCCUGCAGUGCCCCUGGUGUGAGCCCCUGGACGGGGCCAGUGGUGGUCCCUGAUGCUCCAUCACCCCCAGGAACCAGCCCAGGAGCCUCACACACCAUUUGGCUCAAUAAACAUGGCUUUUACUGGCA